AUGUCCAAAAAAAAGGUGAACAGUAUCGUGUGCAGUGAUGUAUGCGCCGAUGGAGAUUCAGAUGCUGAGACAUCAGUCGCUAAAAAUUUGUCUGACAUUGCUGAAGAAGAUAACAAUGAUGAUGGAAAUUUUAUAACUAGUAAAGUUUUAUAUCGGAAAAAAUUUUAUCACAUUGGUAAUGUUUCAAAGACUUGUGCAUCCAAUGUUGUUGACCACCUUGAGUCAAUUGAUGUUAAAGUUUUGUCUUGCUACCCUGUAUUCAAGAGGAGAGAUGACAAAAUAAAACUUGAUGAAACCCACCCUUCUACGUCAUUCCGGUUGUGUGUAGAUGAGAAGUAUGCGGAAAUAGUUGAAAGAUCAAGUUCUUGGCCUAAUUAUGUUCAGGUUAGGAAUUGGGUUUUCAAUAACAACAGCAAAAGUGGCAGCACCAGAAAUGCCGAUGUCAAUGUCAGGACAUGUUCUGAUGUGAAACGAUGA